CGAGCCCAAAUAGAAAAAGAGAUGAUUUUUUGUCGGAACUGGAUAGAGCUGAGGAAACAAAAGGAUGACAGUAGCUCAAAGUAUCUCUUCCUCCAUUCUUCUGCCGCUGCUUUCACCUGCACCGCCGGUUCACUGCUUUGCUCGUUCCCAGCUUUCCGAUUCUAAGUUCUCCUCAAAACUUCAGUCAAUUGCCAUUUCCUCUCACAAAUUUUCUAAACGUUCAAGGACAAGUACUUCACUUCGUGGAAUCAAUUCUAAUGACCCAAAAGAGGACUCAGCGUUCUUCGACGAAAACGGCGUCGUUGAGGAUAUGGACAGCUAUCUCAAUUAUCUUUCCCUAGAGUAUGAUUCUGUCUGGGACACCAAGCCUUCCUGGUGUCAACCUUGGACAAUAACUCUCACCGGAGCGGUGAUAAUUAGCUUGAGCUGGCUGAUUUUACACUCGGCUGUAGCCACUGCAGUAGUGAUGACUAUAAUUGGGGCAUGGUGGUACAUCUUUCUUUAUUCUUACCCCAAGUCAUACUCAGAGAUGAUUGCGGAUAGAAGAAAGAGGGUGACAAACGGUCUGGAAGAUACAUAUGGAGCGAGAAAAGGCCAGUAAUGCAAGGGACACAACUGAGGAGCAAUAUGGACGUUGAUUCAUCUUGCAGUAUUUGCAUUUCUAAACUGUGGGUCACAUGACACAAUGAGGAGAUCAAUGUUCAUUAUAAUAACCUAACUUUUUGCCCUUGCUGUAAAUGUUAUCACUUAUCAGACCCUGUAGGACUCCUCAUAUGAAUGAAACAAGAUCAUUCUUCUAUUCA